UAUUGAUAUAUUUAAUGUUCAAGUUAUUAAUCUAAAAACGCCACGUAGUCUUUUGCCACGUUGCAUACGUUUGCAAAGAAACUCUUUAAGAUUUAUAUUUUGUCCGCUUGUUCUCAUAUAUUUAAUACACGAAAAAAUUGGACAUCAAGACCUGAAACGGUACCAAGAGCACUCAAUAGAAACCAUAUAUUAGGGAAUUGCUCUCCUCAGAUAAGUAAUACCACUUAUUCAUUAUGAAAAGAAUUGCAAUUGUUGUUAUAAUAAUCUCAUUGGUCUACGGUGAAAUUUGUAAACUAGAUGAACAAGAACUAACAGAAUUGGAAAAAUCCUUCGAUGAAGCAGAGAUUUAUACGAGAAGGGAAGCUUUAAAUAAAAAUGCUGCGAUUUGUAUAGGAACCACAAGGGCAGGGAAAAGUACUUUAAUUAAUUACUUAAUAGGCAAUGAGCUAAAGGCCGUCAGAUUUUCAAGAUAUGGCGAUAUUAAAAUAAUAAAAGCAGACAAUCAAUCAAUUGGACCGGAAAUUGGCCUCGGACCAACGUCAAAAACUACAAUUCCCACAAAAUGGAAAUCAAAAAGAUUGAAUAAUUUGAUCAUUUUUGAUGCUCCUGGAUUUCAAGAUAAUAGAGGACCAGUACAAGAAAUCACUAAUUCUUUCUAUCUCUAUCAAUUGGCGAAAAAUGUUAAUUCCUUAAAAUUUAUUUUAGUUAUUAAUUUUGCAGAUAUUGAACGAGACAAUAUUACACCAUUCAUGAAUCUUUUACUUGAUUUUCAUAAAUUUUUUGGAAAUAAGUUCAAAGACUUUUUUCAAAGCAUAUCAGUAAUUUUCUCAAAAGUACCCUAUGAAAUGUAUUACACAGAAGUUGAUCAUGAACUGAUUAAACACUUAUUGAAAAGAAAAGCUCCUCUAGCAGGAAAUAUAUCUUCCAAUAAUGUAGAGGAUUUUCUUUCUUAUAUAACGGAAAAUAAUGAUAGUAUUGCAUUAUUUAAAAAAUCAAAAGAAGAAGGAAGUAUUUCUGAUGAUAUCGAAUUAAAUAUUUUCUCGUCAAUUAAUAGCUCUAAAAGUGUAAAUAGAAGCGUUCUUCAAAGUAUUUCUCCAAGUAUUUCGGAUCAUUCUUUGCUUUGCCUGCUCCAUUCAAAAGACAAAUGGAUAUCAAUGGCAAAAAUUUAUAAAAUACAGGGAUCUUUAUUACUUACAUUAACUGAGAUGCUCCCUUUCCAAAAUAGUUCACCCGAAAAGUUAUCUAUUGAUCGAAUGUCAAGUUUUAAAGCAAACUUAAGUAGUAUUGAAAAUUUGCUGAAUAAGUCUAUUACAAAAAAAUGUGAUAUUUACGAGAAUAUUGAAGCUUUAAAGAAAAUUGGUAUCAAAAUGCAGAAUAAGAUUGAUGAGAGUAACUAUUUAAUAAAAGUUAAAAUAUUUAUGUUUGUUUCGAAUUUGUUACAUUCGAAUGAAAGUGAACACUUAAAACUGUCUAAUGAGGAACUAAUGUUAACAAUGCAUGGUGUAGUCAAGAAAAACGAAGAAUUAAUGAAAUUAUUGAUACAACAUGUAGAGAAUAAUGCAAGGAAUGAAAAUGAUAGUUUAUUAUGGGAAAAAGUAAAAAGUAUUGUAUCGUAUUUGUCUGGAAAAUUCUAUAAAUAUAUGCCAUUGCGUUAUUUAUUUAGUAAAUUUAUGGAAAUAUUUUAGAGAAAAUAAUAAAAUAUUAUUAAUUGCUUUGGUUAAACGAUCAAUUUAAUUUGAAAACUUUACAAAAACUGACUUUUCGAUACAAGUUGAGUAUACCAUUCUCAGAGUGUUUCUAAACAAUAGAUAAAUUUUGCUUAACAUUGUAAAAAGAAAUUAUAAGAAACAAAACGUUGCUAACAAAUUCACCAAGGUCUAAAAAAAAUAUUAAUUUGCGUCACAAUUAAAAUUAAAAUAAAACGUAAAAGAAAUAAAAGACAUGAUAAAUUGUUAUAAAUGAUGCAGAUAUAAGGAAAAAAAUGAGACUUUAUUGUGUAUUUACUAAAAUUUACGAAAAAAUUACGAGUAAUAGUCAUAAUUAGAAACAUGAAUUAGAAUUAGUAUUACAUAAUAUUUUAAUAACACUUUUAUACAUACUUUGUUUUAAAGAUGUAAGGUUUUUAAAUAAAAUUAAAAGUUUACUAA